AUGAAGCAGUGCAGCGACGCCGUUAACGGUGUCACGGAGGAGAGGAAAAUGUUGGAAGGGGCCCGCACAAAGCUCGACGAGAUGAGCAGGAACAUCAUCGAGGGUGUGGCAGCCGCUAACGCAAAAGCGAGCGAGGACGCCGUCGAGAAGCAGCUUAAGCUUGUCGAGGAGCGGCUGGUUGCUUCGGUCGCCCCGGUAGCAUCCCCACCGUCGCGUGCCCGUCAUCACGUCGGCAAGUCCGUCGAGGACAACGAGGUCAUCGUACUCGAGCAGUCGCCCCCUCAGAAGACCACCGAAGCAGCACCGAAGCCUCCGACUGAUGCUUUUGCUCCGCUGCGGGACAUGCUUUCGGGCCUCGGGAAAAAGGGUGGGAAAGGAUUGGUUGCGGGGGAGCAAAGUGGUGCCCCUAUUGAGUCCGUCGCCUCAGCCGGGAAAGGAGCCAUGGGAAAUCGAGGUGCCCCUACCCCGUCAGGCAGCGCUGCAGGGAAAGGAGCGGGGGAGACACGGGGUGCUCCCAGCCAGGUCGUCAUCGCUGGUGGGUUGCUGUCGAAGACAACGGCCGAUACUGCUUUGCAGCUCUGUGUUGUUGGCCAUCCUGUCGAGCCAGUGGGAAAGAGGGCGUUUUCCUCUACCCCUCCCGUUGCUCCUGUCAUUGCUCCCGCCCUAGGUGACGUCCACCUUAGCAAAUUGGCGUCCCCUCCUCAUGCUCCACGCGGCUCCCCUUCUGCGUCGAGGAAAAGGCAGGCGUCGAGGAAGUUGCCAAAGCGCGGUGCAGGGGCGACAGAGAGCGGUGACGUGGUCCUAGGGGGUUGUGUCGAGAUGGUUUCAACGUCGACAGGUAGCGGUCUCUCCUCUGCCUACCGGAAAGGCGUUGUCCUUAACGGAUCGUUCUCCAUAAGUGCCUAA